GUGGUGAGCCAGGCUCCCGGAAGGCCGUUGUGGCAGCUGGUGGCAAGGCGGUUAGUUCAAGUUGCCAUAGCGGCGAGGCGUGGAGGUGUGUGUGUCCACUCAGGGGUCGGCCUCGCCUCCCAGAGGUUGAAGUGGAUGGUGGAGGGGGCCGCCCGCAGCUGCUGUGCGAUUUCAAGAUACUAAUGGCAGAUUCAUCCAGUGAUUCAGACAGCUUUCUCAGGGGCCGAAUAGGAAGGCGAACACCUUUGAGAGCAUCCCACAACAGGGAUCGGAACUAUGAUGCUGAAGAAGUUACAGAGAAGAUCCAUACUUUAGCAAGCACUUUACAGGAUGCCAACAGAAAUCUGAGACAUGUUGACCAUUUGCUAGGACAAUACAGAGAGUAUGACAAGGAACAAACUGAAGAAAUAAUAACGCUAAAAGAAGCACUGAAAGAGUCUGUAGGUCAGUUAAGGAGCCAACGAUUAACUCGAAACUCUGGAAUGAAAAGUGCUUCUCUCUCAAGCUUAUACCCUAGUGAUCUGGAUGGAGAAGGAGUAUCAGGGAUCCGCCACUUCCUGCCUACUUCUCCUCUCAGGGAUUAUAGAGACUCACAGGGCAAUAAACAUCGAAGGUCUAGAUCUGCAAGCGUUCGGUUUAUCAAUGAGGCAGAUAAUUUGGACCAGCUGCAUUCUAUUCACCAGUCUCUUCGAGAUAUCAGUAGUGAACAAGUUCGCCAAGGAGAUGACAUCAGUUGGGAGCUUUCAAGAAGAAAUCGGACUGAUGCUGAGUUAAAGAAGACUUUAGAAGAAUUGUCUGAAAAGCAAGAAACGGUAUCGGAACGGGUAGAGAGAAGACUUCAGAAGAUAGAACAAGAAAUGCGUGCAGAAAGACAGAUUGUGGAAAGGCGCCAGGACCAACUGGGACAUAUGUCUCUGCAGUUACAAGAGGCCUUAAGGAGGCAAGAUGCUAAAGCAGACGAAACAGAAGAACUCGUGAAAAAUAAACUUCUGAAAUAUGAAAGUGAAAAGAACAAACUGGAACAGGAAUUGGAACAAUCGCAGAAAAAGCUGUAUGAAUCCGAAGGCAGUAGAGAAGCUCUUUUGCGUCAGAUUGAGGAUCUCCGUUCCCAACUUUUGAGAGCACAAGACCGAGUAGAGUUGGAACAUCAAAUUUCACAUGUUGCUAUGCACCGCCAGAGCUACGAGGACGUACAGAAUGAUGACAGGAGAAUUAGAACAGUAGCUGAAAGAUAUGAGAGAGAGAAGCAAGAACUGGAGAAAUAUAUUUUGGAGCUUAAAGCAAAGCUGAGUCAUAACGCUAUAAAGUCAGAGGUAGAAGAAUUAAAGAGAUGCAUUGAACGUAAGGACAAAGAGAAUGCACAGCUUGUAAUGCACAUACAGGUGUUAACAUCUGACCUAGAAAACAGGGAGAAGCAACAGGAAAAAAUGCUGGACCAGCUAAAGGAGAUACAAAGUUGCUACCAGGCUUGUGGGGAUGAACGUAGACAAACUGAGCUCCGGUCUGCUGAGUUAGCUCAACAGGUUGAAGAAAGCACUAAGAGAGCAGAAAGGUACCUCAAUGAAUUCAAGCAUUCAGAGGCACUCAGACUGGAAACAGAGAAAAAAAGAGAAGAUUUGAAGGUGAGAGCACAGGAGACCAUUCGCCAAUGGAAGUUGAAGUGUAAGAAACUGGAUUGUGAGGUGGAAAAACAAAAUGAAACUAUCAACCAACUGAUGGACAAGAAUAGUCAGGCUCUCAAAGAAAAGGAUGACCUCAGAAGUGAACUUCUCUCUGCUGUACACCAAAUAGAAAGCCUUCAGAAAGAGCUGAAUGAUGUGCUUACAAAGAGAGCCCAGCAGGAAGAACUCCUCCACUGCAAAGAGGUAAAACUGAAGGAAAUGAGUUCUCACCAGGUAUCUCUUGAAGAAGAGAUCAAAGAAAAUCAAGAUACUGUAAAUAAAUUGGAGAAUGAGUUGAAGAAACAAAUUUUUCUACAAAAUCAAAUGCAAGCUGAGAAGGAGCACUUGGAGACAGAACUUGCAACUAUUAACUUGAUCCAUAAAAAAGACCAAGAAAGACUCUUAGAAAUGCAAGCUGAUGUAAAAAACUUAAGUUCUGUACGUGUGGAACUAACGAACAGAAUAGCAGAAGAGGAGAAACUUAAAAAAGAAUUACGUAAGAGCUUGUCAGAUCUCCAGGAACAGCAGGAAUCUAAGCAUGAAGAGAUGACUUCAGCUAACAGGCAGCUGAAGAUGGAGAGAGAAAUUCACCAACAGGAGUUGGCAAAUCUUAGAUCAGAGUUGCAAAAUGUUAAAAUCAAACAUGAACUAGAUGUUCAAGAACUUAUGAAACACCUUAAACAAGAAAAGGAUGAUGCAGAGGCUCAGAUUAGAAUACUGAAGAUGGAACUUAUAGAAGAGCAAAACAUAGCUAAAACUCAAUUUCAGCAACUGGAUAAGAUAAAAAGUGAAUGGGAUAAAUUAAAAGAAGAAUUAACCCAAAAUGAAGAAGAAAAUAUAAAACUCAGGCGCAAGUGUGAUUUUUUAAAACAAGAACUGGAGAAAAAGGAUAAACAGAUCAGCAAUGAAGAUCAUUUGAGAAAGAUGGAUGAGGCUAGACUGCAGUUCAAGGACCAGCUGCGUCAUUUAGAAGUGCAACAGGAAUCCAUUCUCAGUAUGAUUGGAAGUGAAGUAGAUGCUGCUUGUGAAAUUAUUUCUCGGGACUCCAUGGAGAAAUUAAAAGCAAUAACGCUUACACCAACGGUGCUGAAUGAUCCUCAUUGCUGGUUAGCAGAAACAAAGGCUAAGCUUCAGUGGCUGUGUGAGGAGGUAAAGGAGACGGAGAGUAAGGAAAAAAAGCUGCGAUGCUACUUACUGCAGACCCGAGAACAGCUCAAGCACUUUACAGAGAUGAAGGAAGCUGAACAUCAGUCUCUCCUUAAACAAAUAAAAAAGCAAGAAAAACUUUUGGCAGAAGUUCACAGAGAAAAAAGAGAGCUAUUAGAGAAGACCCUCAGAAGAGAGGAAGAAAUGGGAGUUCUGCAGGAAUGCUUUAUGACCCUAGAAGUGAGUACACGAAUAGCUUUAGACCAUCUGGAGUCUGUUCCUGAGAAACUGAGCCUGUUGGAAAAUUUCAAAGAUAUCAGGGAGUUUCAUUGCCAAAGGAAGAUGAUUGAGGAAAGAUUUACAAAGUAUAAAGAAAUAGUGAGUUCUCUUCAGCAACAGCUGGAAGAUUCAAAACUAAGAGUCCAACAAUUCAAGGAUGCUGAAAUUUCUGAUGUAGAAGUAACCACUCCCUCUUCUAGUUGGAGAACUCAAACCAGCUUUUUGUCCAGAUCACUGCUUUCAGAUUCAGGUUCAUUUAUUAAAAGAAUGUCUCCUUUGGGUACAGGUGCCACCAAGGAAGAUUCCAUUACUGUUGCUGUCAGCGAAAUGAAGCUGCAAGCAGAAAGAGGGAAGCAGUAGGACGUUUUACAAAAACACACCAGCUUGCUUUGUGGUAAAUUCCAUUCCACUCUUUUUGGUUUUGAACUGUAAUAAUUCCAUGUGCUAUAGCGUUAUGCACCCUUAGUCAUUCAGCUAUUGCCAAAUGUUUAAAUGGAAGAACAUCAAGAGAGAGUCUAAUGAAGUCUUGUGAUAACUUAUGUAACUUGUACACCGAAGAUUUUCUGGGAUUAUACUAUUGUUUUGUAUUUAC